AUGGAUUAGCCAAUUAUUAAGAUAAGUGUUAGGAAUGUCCAAGUGGAUUUUAUUUAUGGUAUGAUGAAAGCAGAAGUGUUAAUCUUUGUCUUAAAUGUGAUUAAAAUUGCUUAACUUGCUAAUAAAAUUCUAAAAACUGCACUUCAUGCUCAGCAAAUUAUCCUUAUUUACAAAAGAAUUAAAAUAUCUGCUUAUAAAUAUACCCUGAAUAGUACUAUUGUGAAUAAAACUAACUUAAUUCUACUUAUUAAAAUUGCACCUUUUGUCUGA